AUACGUAUAAUUUACCGCUGUCGAAUUCGCGGACCGCGGGCUAUAUUUUCAGCUGUCGUACGUUUCUAUAGCAGAUAUUUCAUUGUUCCUGUUUCAAAAUGGCGAAUUUGUGUCUGUAAUAAGUCGAACGUUGAGGCCUCGAGGGGUUUCUGGUGCGGGAUCGGUUAAGCGGCGGGCGACGGCAAAGCGACGGUCGCCCGGCUGACGACUCGUAAGCGCGGCGAGAGGUUGUCGACCUAUCGAUUUUUUUGUCUGCGACCUCUUGACGGCGGGCGGGCCGGUUGACUGGUAUCGCCCAGGGUGGCUCCCGGGUCUGCGGAGGCGCCGAGCCACCGCUCUUCAAGUCAGCUGACAUCAUGGCAGAAUAUCAUGGUCAAGGCAUGGAUGCAGGCGGGAACAACUUUGACUCCGGUCAACAGCCACAGGAGCAGGAGUUGGCGACGAAAAUGCUGCAGAUCCAAUCCAAACGAUUCUACCUCGACGUGAAACAAAACCGGAGGGGACGAUUCAUCAAAGUUGCUGAGAUCGGUGCAGAUGGACGUCGUAGCCAGAUAUUUCUGGCAAUGUCGACGGCUGCCGAGUUCCGCGACCACCUCUCAAGCUUCAGCGACUAUUACUCGUCCCUUGGCCCGCCAAAUCCUGAAAAUGUGCCUGAUGAUGGGAAACUCAAGUCCGAGAUGAUGUUAAAGGACAACAGGAGAUACUAUUUAGACCUUAAAGAGAAUUCUCGCGGGCGUUUCCUACGCGUUUCUCAGACGAUCACACGCGGUGGACCGCGCAGUCAGAUCGCGUUGCCUGCUCAGGGAAUGAUCGAGUUUCGUGAUGCCUUGACUGAUUUAUUGGAUGAUUUUGGCACUGAUGAUGGGGGGUACAAAGGCGAGCUCCCGGAAGGGCGCCACCUCCGCGUUGACAAUAAGAAUUUCUACUUCGACAUCGGACAGAACAAUCGCGGGAUAUACAUGAAAGUCAGCGAGGUUGUACCUUCGUUGCAAGUGAAAAGCAAUUUCCGUACAGCGAUCACGGUGCCAGAGAAGUGUUGGUCUCGUUUCCGGGACAUCAUGGCCGAAUACUGUGAUAAGAUGGGACGAGCGCAACUCUCCCCGCCUACGCACCAGGGCGGCAGUGGAUCUGGAGCUAGAGCCGGCAGUGCGCAGCCUGCACGGGAAAUGGACACAUUUGGCGGAAAUGGCGCGAGUCGGAUUUGAUGCGAUCACUUCGGCUACUUCCGGCCGUGAGCCCUGUACAUACGCCCUUUAGUAAUAAGAUGAUGUGAUAAACUGUUUGAGCUUUAUUACAUUUCGUUUGAAUCGGUUUCGCGUCGCGCGGCGUCAUCGGCUUACUGCUUUUAGGAAGGAUUCUUGACAUAUAUUUGCUUGCCCAUCUUUCGGUCAAAAGUUAUAUUCGCUCGUCAGUUCGUUAAAUCUUGUUAGUUUUUCUAAAUUAUAUCACUUUUAAACUGAUUUUUGUACAAUCUAUUACUAAUUAAAUAAAUAAUUAUUUUUAAUACGAAAAUAAUACUUCAAAAAUUUAUAUUAAUCCUUCUUAAUAAGCAAUAUCUGAUCUUCACACUUCUGUUUUGGCAAUAAUUUUACAAUUAAAAAACUUAUGUAAUUGGAAAGAUGCACAUGCUUCUGUACUAACCGGUUUUAAAGCCGAAAAAUCGCCGCAAACUAAAGCUAAGCUUUAUAUUCGUUCUAAACGAUUUGUGUUGUAACGGAAUUAUAAUUCCAUUCACCAUUCCUAUACAUACAUAACUCGUAACUGAUCGUUUUUGUCUAAUUUUUGAAAUACUCGACAAGCUUCAAAACGAUCUUUUCUGUUAUUUAUUUAUGGGAAACGUCAAUUUAGCCAGGGCAACGCUUUACCUACUUGAAAUUUGGCGUUAAAUUAGUUAAACAGCCACGUUAGUUUUAGGUGUAUUUUCGUUUAUUUCAUUUUGUCUGUGUACGUAGUAUACCGACAGGAAUGGUUGGGGGGUAAUGUGUAUACAUUGCGGUGUAAAUCCGAUUAAAUAAAUUAGAGAUAUUCUAAAGGAGUAUCGUCAAGUUGUAAUAGAUUUAGAGUAUGGGUUAUAUACAUGGAUGAUUUUUUUUAGAUAGCCUCUUGUAGCGUCUAGCUCGCGUUAAACGGGAACAGCAAUUAUAAUUCCCGUGGAUGUACACAUUACCCCAUUGAGUGGAGCCACCGGGUGUUUACAUGGCGAGUAUUCAAUCAGCCGCUCUGCCGUUUGCCGCUCUUUACUAAUCGUUCAUACGAUUACGUACACCAGCACGUUCUAGCGUCCCCAUUGACCUAAUAUGCAAUCAAUCAAUAUAAAAUUCCUCUCAUAUUCUAUUCUAAUUUCAAUCCCGACUAUUCUUGUCGUCUCCCAUCGCGUCCUGUCUUUCUUGGAUAUAUAUUCUGUGACUACCCACCCAUUACCAUUUCUUACACAUGUAUCAACAAAGAGUUUAGCUUUUGCUCGUCUACUAAAAGCGGUCAGCGGUAGGGCGGUGGCACUCGUAAAUAAAUAAUAAGUGACGCUGCUGUGAUACUCGUAGUCGAGAAAUGUACGUACGAACGCGUCCGUGACACUCCCAAUAUUUAACUGAACUUAGUUUUAGUAUUGCCAGGUCUAGUCGAUAAGUUUUAUUUCAAAUUAUUUUGUACCUUUAAAGAGGACUACUACUAAGAUUAACAAUGACUUAAAAACAAAGUGAUACUCUUAUGCAAUAUAUUUGGUUGUAAAUCUACUGACUAACACUAAUCAGUUAAAAGGUAUGAAAUAAUUAAAUGUUUGGAUUAAAUCCACCCAAAUCGUUGUUUUCAAAUGAAAUUUGGAUUUUUUGGUUUGGGUUUUUCAAAAUUAUCCGCCUAUACGCGACACGAACGCGUUCGUACGGAGGGUAGUUUAAGAUUGGUUUGUAAGCACCCUGUGUGACUCGUGAUCGCUUGUGAAAAAUCUAUUGAAUUCUAAAAUCUUUCAAGAUUUACAAAAGCUAUCACGCGUCGAGUAUGUUGGUGUUUGUAUAUAUUAUGUAUGUAUGCGCGGGCGCAAUAGUUUCAGACGUACGUGCGUCGGGCGUGCAUUUUUUUCGUCGGACGUUUUUACCCUCAUUUUACGUCGACGUCGCGCCAUGCUAUUUCCACCCCUUACAUUAAUGAAAGAAAAAAUAAAAAAAUGCAGCAAAAAAAGGUUUAGGCUGUUAAGUGUUUACGGUAAGUAGGUACGUAGUUGUCUACAGUCUACGGCUCGACUCAUUUUCUUAAUUACGUACACUACAAUUUUUUCGUGAUUCCGCUUCGCUUUUUCAUGGCAACUAACAAUAGGAAACCUGUAUCGAUAGACAGGAAAAGUCUUACAUUUUAUACUUCACAAAAUGGCCUCGAAAAUGUAAACUUUUUUCAUAUUAAAUGUUAUUUUCUAUUCACAAAUUUCAACAUUCAACAUUUCAAUUAACUUUCAAACAUUUUUCGAUACGGGUUACUUCAUACGUAAUCAUAUACUUUAAGCGUAUAUUGUCAUCUGUUAUCUUUACUACAACGAAAGGUUCUGAUGUAUUUUUGAGUAUAUUGUAGUUGUCGAUCAUCAAACACUUCACCGUAUCGAAGUACGCUUAGGCAUUGAUUUAAGUUUGAACGCAGCUGAAUUUUGGUUUUGUAUGUUAUAGAUCCGCAUGUUGACUGUAUCGUUAAUUGUAGGCUUACGUGCGCAAUCAAAUUUGCGAUUUGCAGCUCGGGUUUUUUUCGCGAAACGCCAUGUGUAUCAAAAUCGAUGAAUGCGUUUCGCCGUGGAUUUGAGCCAAUUUAACUUAGACCCUAACUGAUAGUAGAAAUAAAUGACUUUUUAGAUUGCAUCCGAUCCGAUACAGUCAAUACUUAGAGAAAACAGAUGCAGUCUACUACAGUCUGAACUCUAGACACCUCAACUCAUCGUGAAGUUUAAUAAUUAUUGAUUGACGAGAUAUGUCCGUAUUUAUUAAACUUUAUGAGACGUCUGCAAUUUUGUUUAUUCAUGAAACAGAGUGAAAUAAGUUGGUUACGUCCGAUAACUAUAACAGAUAGAUGAGAAAAAUAAAAAUACAUAUAAAAAUAACUUCUCUAUACUAAUGUAAAGUAGAUAUAUGAACGGAGCGAGUGCGGCGUUCUCAUACUAUCGUAAGUUAGUUAUAGUUUUGUUUUAAGAUGGGUCGACGGACUUCAAAAAUCCAUAGAAAUCCUACCACCAAUGGUCCAGCCACUGGCAUUUAUCCAAUAGGACUAGAACUUUUAUCAUCACACAGCAAUUCAGAUUUAUUCAAACUGCCAAAAGAUGGCACGUUUCGUCGUCCCAUCAUUUGUGGUAUAUCUUGUUCCUUUAUUCAUUUAAUAGUGGUGUGCGGACGGAGACGCGGCGCGAACAUAGUCCAGUGUUCUGUAUCGCUUGUCAUGUGUUACUGAGGGCUCGUGGGGAGGCGCAUUGGCCUCACACCCUGCCGGAUUAUUGAGAUUGCCGUUUUACUCAAGUCGUUCUGGUACUCUAUAUGCAACACUAAACCAUUUGUGACAGAAACCCCAUAGUCUAAAGCUAGACUCCAUUCGUAAUUGUCACAUUCCCGUGCGGCAUUUCUCUUUAGAACGGCAGAUUAGUACAUCUAUCACACUUUAUUAUUAAACUUUUAUAUCAUAAGCUAAAGCACGAGGCGGAAAGUGCGACUCCCCACGACUGUGGCUUAAUUUUAACAAACUUUAUGGUACAAAAUGUAAUUUUAGUUCCAUAGACGUUUAAGAUUAACAGAGUUUAUAUUUAGAGAAGAUAUCGAUAUUAUUAUAUUCCCAUUUCGGUCUAUCGAUCGUCGUCAAUAUAACUUAAUGUACAAUGAGAUAUAUGGAGUAAUAUAGAGUCUAUAUGUUAAUGAAGCUAGUUAUCGCGUGAGUUCAUUACGUCGGCAAUAGGCAGUAGUGCGUGAUUGUGGGUUAUGCUACGGAUUCAUUGAUUUUCGGAAAUUCUCUGUACCGAUGAAUCGGCGGUCGUUUUGUACUAUCCGGAUCGAAGGACCUUUUUUGACUAAUUUUGUCUCAGUCCUGAUUGAGCUAUCGUAUGGUUAUGGUCCUGAUUGAGAACGUGUUGUGGGUGUUAAUUGUGUGCCGUCGAUUUAAGGUCGGUUAGUAGCCGCGCCGCCGAGUGGUCGAGAGCUGCCUCCUGUGAUACUUGCGCCGCGCUCCUCUGAUUCCGCACAUUUGUCUCAUCUAUAUUUUAACUAUGAUGCAACUGAUUCGGUAACGUCUAUAUAUGGCCUUGGGUCUUUAAUCUUAAAAACAAUUUCUCCAUAAUUUGAAGUUAUUGGAGUUGUAUGGACGUCACCGAAUCAGGUAUGAUUGUGUGGUUGAGGUUGAUAGUCAAUUAUACUAAUCAUAAGUUGCGCAGUUGUUGUCUUCACUUGUCAAAAAUACUGAGAAACUGUAAAAAGUUUAAACCAUGAUGGAAUAAAAUGAGGUCUGACAGUUUCUUGGAUAACGGAUUGUGAAUGAUGUUCUAUUAGACAUGUUCAGGUCCUGUAUUUUAUUGGAUCAUGCUUUCAACUAGGCAUUACGCAUGUGUAUAGUUGAUUAAAUUAAAAUAACCCUAUCUAAAAACCGCUCGCAAAGUGGUGACAAGACUGCGCCCGCGACGCACUCGCUCUAAAGUGUUAUACAUACAUAAAAUAGGUACACUAUAGAUACUGAAUGACAACUACGAAACGUAAAAUAAAAAAACUAAAAAAAAGUAAUAAAUUAAAAAAUUCAGAGAGUUAUAAUAGUACGUUAGUUUUAAUUAAUUAUAUUUCUGAUAUUGAUUGAUGUUUUGCUAAAAGAUAAUUUAUCUGUACGUUACGUUUGAUCGCGUGGAUUCGCUCUGCCGUCGCAGCCUCCGCCGCGCGUCUUUGUUUCUUAAAACCCCGAAUACACUACCUGGUAUUUGAAGUACUGGCGCGGAGUCAUCGCAGAAGUACUUCAGGUCCCGGUCCAAGUUCUGACUUAUAACGACUAUUUUGUAACAUCUGAAAUGUGCAAAGGUAGUUAUUAUAAAUCAGAUAUUAAUUAAAACCGAAUCAACAUCGUCCAAAUUCGUGAAUUGUUGCGGCAAGUACGUGAACGGUGAUUGAUACGAUGUUGUGAUUCAUGUUAUUUUCUAAUAUCAGUUAUAUUAUGUAUAAGCCGAACGAUCGUAGAAGCACCAAUAAGUUGCCGGUACGAGUUCCUUUCAAAGUCUAUUGAUCGUAGCUUGUGUCGGCGUGUUUAAUAUGAGAAUGGUUGAAGGGAACACAUGCGAGCCGAAAGUGAGGUGAUUGAGUGGGAUUAGUCUUAAUGGCAAUAAUUUUGAAAUCUAAAUUGCCCUAUAUAAAACAUUAGCCUCUUCGGUGCGUUAUAUUAAGCAUACGUCCAGGGGUGAAGAUCCAAUUGAUGUGAUGAUAGUUUUGAUGUAACACCGAUGUCGAUGGGCGUGCUGUGCAGCCCGAUUUAGAGUCAUACUCUUGUGAUACGAUAUAUCAUGACGAGGAGAGGUGAGAAAAUACUGCCAAUCGAUUGUAGUUUAUAUAACGAUAAUUUGUAGAUUAACAUUUUCGAAAUAAUGUGUCCUAUUUAAUAUUUUAUGUAUAGUAUCGAUAUUCGGUGGUGCGGUCGUGUUGGGCGAACGUAAAGUUCUGUACGGUGAGCACCCAACUUCCUCGCACUCUUUAUGAUGCGUGCGAUUGUCUGAUUGCGAUCGGCCACCAUGUAAAUGUUUUCCUUAGGGUGAGAUGGAUACAAACUGUGUUCCGUAGUGUAUCGAACGACAGGGGAUUGUUUAGAUAGGUUCGCGAUCGGCCCCACAACUAUACCGUGUAGGCAGGCUUCAGAAUUUUUGAUUUGUCAACGAUAGCAAUAAUUAUGUACUACGAGUUGUGCUUUAUGCCAGGAUGAGUGUAGCUGUAGGGUCGGUUAGCCGCAUAAGCGGAUUCAGAUAAGUUGUAAAAAAUAGGAUUUUAAUAAAUUGAAGGUGGUGAUGGCAUAUUGAGUGUUGUGUAUGGAGAGCCAUGUGUCGGUAUCGCGGCUUGUCUGUUGGGCCUUUUGUACCGCGAGGGCAUCGAAAAGGCUCGGGAACUUUUCAAAAUUUGCCGUCUGAGGCUAGAAUUUCUGGAAGCUAAAAUUUCAGGUUUUCGAGGUACAAAAUGCUCGUGCGCAACCAAUAUGCGAGGUUUAGGUAAUGGAUAUCGUAUUGAACGGAACGAUUGGACUGAAGUGGCUCAUGUGAUGAGGAUAAAUUUUGGUAUAUUUCUUUUUAAUUUUUUCGAAAUUUUCUAAAUUCGUGUGUAACACGGCUCGUAUGUUUGAGACUGGUUUGGUUAGUUUUGGAAUUGUGCGGGUUGUUUUUGAAGUUAAGAUUGUAUUUGGCGCCAUCUAGUGAGUUGUCUAACUUCAAAGACAAAACGCGCAAAGCGACAUUUGGCGCUUUCGUGAUUUUAAAUCUUAAGUUUACGUAUGUAAGAGCUAAAAUAGGUUUUGUUGACAAGGGAACGAGGCGCCAUCUAUACUUUGUAUCCAAAGAUUGCAGUGUGAUGUAAAUUCCUAUAAGUUUAUCAUAGUAUAUAUAUAUAUAUAUAAUGUUGUUUUCUCUAAUUAUUUAACGUAAGAUAUCUGGUAAAGAUCUCCUAUUAGAAUACAUUUCCAAACUCGGCCAAUGUAGAUGUUUACGCGGUUGUAAAAUUGAUAAAAAAGCAUAAUAAAAAUUUGGUUCGUCUGUUGUCUAUGUUGGCUGUAGGAGACGUCCUUAAGGACACAAAAUUGUUUACUGUAUAUGUAUGUGGUCUGGGCGGAUCUCCGCGCUUGACGUUGGCAUAUGUCAAAUGUUAACCAACGUUUGCGCGGGGAGUUUUUAUAACGAUAUGAGUAAGGAAGGCAGUUAAACUGCCAACACUUGGUGCUUGUGUGUACUUACGAUGGAUAUACAUUAUAUUGUUUCUGUACUUUUGAAAACGAAUUUUUACGCUUAUUUUUUGUAUGGAAACCGCUAUGCCAUAUUGUAUUUAUCUGUUUCUCUGUUCUUGAAAUUGUGAACGACGCAAUUUUCGUAUUGUGUUGUGUGAGCCAAUCAGGGAACUCCCUCGCUUGAUAAACGAUGUUCACAGUAAUGAAUACUGAAUAUUUCUGACUAGUACAUACAAGCUUUUGUAUUUCAUGCUAUGUUCUUAAUGAUUUUUUAAAUUCUUGUAAAGGCUACAUAAAAGCAAAGUGCGAUCUCUGGUUGGCUGGUGUGUUACGUCAUGAUGUGUUUGGUAGAAUUAGCUCGACAUACACAAGGCGGAAUAUUGGUGCGCGACUGCGACGCGCGGUGUGCCGUAGGAAAGUUUUACGAUAAAUGGUGAAAAAAUAAAGAAAUUAA